AUGGACGAAGAUAUUGUUAUUAUUUCACCAUCAUCAUCAAACAUUGAGAAAAAUAGAGAUCAUCUUCACUCUCCCAUUCAUUUUCCUCCUUCUCCACACUCUCAUCAAAACAUCAAACUUCCUCUUGAAUUAGAUUUCGAUUCCUCAGAAAAUAUCGAUAACAAAACAGCCUCUGUUUUAAAGAGUUUCUCUCCAUUUCCAGUUUUGUCAAAUAACAACAACAAUAUUAAUAGUAAUAAUCAAAAGAAUCAAAGUCAAUAUCAUUUACAACAAACAACCGGAGUAGUUCCAUCGAUUUCCCAACAACAAAAAGAUCAAUUAUAUCAAUUACAGAAACAAAAACAACAACAAUAUCAACAGCAACAACAACUACAUCAAAUCCAACAACAACAACAAAUAAAGAAACAACAAAUCCAACAGCAAUCAAGUGGAAAUAAAUUAUAUUUAGAAGAAAAAGUGGCACCACCAGCAGUCAGAGUUUGCGAGUUUUGUGGAUGUACUACAACACCAACAUGGAGACGUGGUCCAUCCGGUAAAGGUUCACUGUGUAAUGCAUGUGGAAUCAAAUGGAGAUUGAAAGGAAAGGAUUCUUUAGUUAAGAAGCAAGGUAGAAUGCCACCUUUACCUCCAACAACCGGAACAUCAAACAAGCCAAUCGGAUCGCAACAACAAAUCAAACCAUCUACAUCGUCGUCUCAAUCCUCCAAGCCAAGUAGUCAAUCUUCUCAUUCUCAUCAUCAUCAUCACCAUCACCAACAACAACAACAACAUGUCUACAUGCCACAACAACAACAAUCAAGUCAUCAUCAUCAACCAUUACAACAAUCUCUAUCAUCUUCUUCACUCGGCGGUCAACAUAAUUUCAUGCCAAAACCACACCAACCACCAUUCCAACAACACAAUCUACCAAAUCUACCAAACUACUCGAGCUAUGCCAAUGAACUAUCUGUGCCCAACCACUCACCGGAUCUCUACAAGAAAAAGAGAAAGCUUGAUUUCUCACUAGAACCAACCAAUACAUCGGAUCUCGAGAAAGGAUACUACUGUAAAUAUUGCAAGAAGACCUGGCCACAAUCAUCCUUUAAGAAUAGUCAACAAUUCGGUGCCCACUGUAGUAAUUGCUCGAGAAAGCCAAGAGGUGAUAUCGAAGCUUUGAUGUCCUUGAAAAAGAAAUUCUCAAAGAAGAGAUCCAAGGAUGGUUUAUACGAUGACGAUGGUGCCGUUCCACUCUGGGAUACCGCCGGUAGAUACAACAGAAAGUCAAUGGGUAACCAUAAUCCAUUGCUGACACGCCUACUCAACAUUGUUGAAAGUCAACUCAUCGAACCAACUGAAUUAUCUAAUAUUAAAGAAGAGAUUGAUAGUAUGAAAACCGAUUUAACAUCAAGAAAGAAGAGAAGAGUAGAACAAUUAAGUAGUUUCAAACAAUUGGUAAACUCUGAAAUGAACGAAAUGAAAGUAAACAUUGAUGUACAAAUUAGAAAUAGUGAAAACAAAAAGAAAUCAUUUAUCGACGAUCUAAAGAGAGAGAUUGAUAUGAGAAUACACGAUAAGGAGAGUAUCUUCUCGAGUGAUUCUCUAUCUCAUACUGUACCAAUUCCACGCGGUAGUCAACUCCCAGCACUCAAAGAGCCACUAAGUCCUGAGCUUAUCCAUUCUCCACCAAAGAAACCUACUUUCUACAGAGAUGAACAAGGCAAUCGCUUCCCUCUCGAUAUGUCUGAAACAACUUUAUAA